CGAGAUUUUCGACACACCGUGUUUGAAUUCAUGAUUGCAGUAAUUGAAGGUCAAUAUGACGAGCUAGGCAUGGCCAGAGUUACGUUUUACAGCUCGUUACGAGAUCACACCGAAUGGGACGAUGAUUUUGGCGACAUGUACCGUGUACUCUUUGCACUGUGUAAAGGAGGCCGAGAUAUUUCGGGAUUUGAGAAGAACGUUGGCAAAUUGUUGAUACGUUGGCUCAAGCAGGUGGCAUUGAAGGACGCAAAGGAAAACACCAUUCUAUCAGCGACGAUGGCGACAGCAGCAACAACAACAACAGCGAAUGUUGAAAAAACGGCAGCAGUACCAUAUCUCGGUGAUAUCAUGCAUUUGCUCACAGUGAUUGCCAAAUUUAACUUUGCAAUGUUCGAAGAGAACGAGGUCACGCAUAUGAUCCAAGCUGCUCGGCUUGCAUUAUUCUCGGCAAACCACCCGAACGACAUUAAGGCAUGCUUGGCAUUUGCUGACGUUGUGGUUCGAUAUCGUUUCGUGCCCUUUGAGGCUUUGCAACCAUUCAUGGAUAUCUUGUGUGUGUCUGUAAUGCUGCCUCAAGACAAAAUUCCAGCAGCUGACAAGGGCGAGUCGCCUUGGUCGAUUUUCAUGAAUCUUUUACGCUCACACUGCGCCCACAAUGCUAUUCUCACGCUGUGCAAUGCCAUUGCAAAAGGUAACAGUUAUGAUAUCAGCAACAACCAGCAUCAGCAACAACAAGUCGAUUUGACGAACGGCGCAAUCAUGUUGCUGACGCACGCAGCAUGGGGGAACAACAACAAGGAGAAACUGAACGUAUCAGAAUCGUAUCAGGUCCCGGACUCGAUUGUGUUGAUGUAUUUACGUCGUGCUGCACUACGACAUUCCGAAUCUGUCAGCGCCAAAAUCUUGGAAACCUUGAGGCUCUUGGUAGAGAACAGCAACAUCAGCAACCCAAGCUCCUCAGGCUCGCCCUCGCCAUCUUCGCCGUCGUCAAAGAUUGCCUUGUUGGAUUGGGACACGAUCUGGGAUAUUUGCGACGUUUGUACCGAGCAGCUGAUCCAACAGCUUCGUCAUCCUGCUGGUGGGAGCAGUACCAAGGAUCAAGUACGACAGGUGGUAUGGUGGUUCCCCGCACUGUAUAUGGAUAAUGGCACGGGUACAUCGAUGGCGCACCAGUUCAUUCGCUUCAUGGCCUGUGUGUAUACCCAAUAUACCCAGCACAAGUCGUACUCGGGUCCCGUGAACCGGUUGAUGAACGUCAUUUAUGCACUGCGUCACUACAUUUCGCCCGAAGCAGCCAAUAUUUUGCUCAGCUACUAUGAGACCGAACACAUGCUGCUACCAUCGGACGAAGACUGGAUCGAGCGACUCGCCGAGGUUGUGAAUACAUUUUUCGUCCCAUCGCAUAUCGCCGGCACCGUUCGAUUGCGUGUACUGUCGAUCGCCACGGAUGUAUGCAUGUCAACCAAGGAUUUCUAUUCCGAUGCAAUGAACACGGAGAUCAUUUAUCCGAUGGUCCAGGGCGCUCCACAGGAAACGAACCCUGAGCUACGCCAAAAGACCGUAGAUCUCAUUGUGCUCGCGUUGUCGGAUGCGCAAGGCAACGAGGAAAUGUUUGAUCGAUUGCUAGAUGUGCUUCGCCGGUGCACGAGUUGCAAUAGUCCGGUUAUCUCGGAUGGAAGCAUCACCAGCGAAAGCCAAUGCUGCUCUGGCGUGCCUGCCAUGUAUGGACUCGUGCAACUGUUUGAGGAUCUUUUGUUGGGAUCAGAUGGCAAGGCUUGUCUCAAAGUGUUUCGCACCAUCACAAGCAUCGGUAACAAUAUGGACGAUCUGCUCUGCCCUUAUGGCGGGUCCAAGGUAGUGGCAUUAGAUAUGCUACUUCGAAUGCGUUGUCCACCUGAUCACCGUAUUUACAUGAUCGAUGAUCUCUUUGCUGAUGAUACUGGCUUGAUGGCCACGAUACGGCAAAUUCAAGCAGCUAAGCAGCGAGAAACAAUGCAGCGCGAUGGUAGCACUACGAUGAUGAUUGGAUCUGCUUCGCAACAACAGCGACAACAGCAACAAGAUCAGCAGCAGCAGCAGCAACAGGAACGACCACGAUACCCAAGCCCUGUAAUGCUGUCGCAUUCGGAAAAUCAAGAACACUAUGAGCAAGACCGAGUGCUUCCAAUUGAUGAGCUGCUUGACGCAUAUAUUGUAAUCCUGUCGCACUCGUCCAAUUGGGAACUGAUUCUGUUUGUGCUCAAGCGAUUGCCGCAGCAGCUGGCCAAUAAACAUAUGUUUUGCAGCGCGUCAGUUUCUAUCGAGAAACUGCGUCGACAUCUUGUCACAUGGGUCAGUGCUCGCGACUUCCUCAAGAGCGUACACAGCAUCCCAUCCAACAUUAAACGCAACGAUGUCUAUGUCUAUGCAUACGACAUCUUAGUCGUCCUUGUAUCUUACCGGCGCCUAUUCAAUAAGCAAAAUCAGGACGAGAUCGUGUAUGCCUUCUACAAGGGCCUGAAGCAAGUGACCGCAGCGACAAAGCCAUGCAUCCAUGCACUGUCCGUGUGCUGCCACGAGUUGCCGCUGUCGGUGGCAAAGAUGCUAAACGAGAUCUUGCAGGGCAUGUCUCAGAUCAUUUCAGUCAGCAGCGUGUCGGUGCAUAUCCUCGAAUUUCUGUCCAGUCUGGCACGACUACCGAGUCUUUAUGCCAACUUUACGAGCGACAUGUACAAGCCUGUGUUUGCUAUUGCGCUAAAUUAUCUCCAGCAUACGCAGUCGUCCUCUUCGUCGUCCGCAACAAGCUCACCCACGAACACGCCACCUACACCGCAUCAUCAUCAUCACCACCACCUCAACCAUCCACAACAAACUCCACCCACAGCAUCAUCAUCAGGUAAAGAUCUACAGCAGGUCACGACUCAGAAUGCGCUUUCGCAAUACGUGUUGAUCAUGGCGUAUUUGGUCAUCACCGUGUGGUUCACGGCAGUCCCAUUACGAGAGCGACGCAAGCAUGUUUCAUUCAUCAUUGGCCGGCUUGUGAGCGCGACUCCUAUUGGCAAAGGCAUUGACGAGCAGACGUAUACAUGUAUCGACAUGCUUUCACGGUUCAGUUACGCGGAUGUCAGUCUGUCACCCGAAAAAUCGCUCGUCUCGAAAAUCUUGAUGGGUGAUCCAGCCGCCGGACCGAGCCCAGUGACAGGAGGCAGCAACACUGCAGAAGGAGGCGCUCGACAAAGCAUGCGCACGUGGGUGUAUGGUCAUUCGCUGUUGACACUCAAGACAGCCAAGGCGCUGGGCUGGGUGGAAGUAACCAUCCGGCGACCUUCGGGCACAGUUUCUAUGAUGUGCAACAUUGAAAACCGUAUCAAGUCAAGCGCUAUCGAUUAUCAAACACUGCCAGCACUCCUCAUGAUGCAAUACACGCCUGAUCUGGUGGCGUCCCGCAUGCUCCAACAGCGCGGCGAAGACGGCGAUUCGCCCCAGGAAAAGAAGAACGAACGAGUGGAUAGUGUGAUUCGCCAAGUGCUUGCUGAUCCAGACACGCCAGCACAAUCGACAUCCAGCAGUGGUCUUCUACGCAGAAUGGACCAGCCACUCGAUCCUGCUUUUCUCUUUCUUCAACUCAACAACUAUCCAGAUCUUACGCGCACCAGCGAACACAUACCUCCUCUUCCCGAAGACGAAGCAACGGCACGCAGUCUGGGCAUCUUGGACCGUAUCCCAGUUGUUGAUUUCCACAAGAUUGGCGUACUCUAUGUUGCCAAGAACCAACACACAGAAGUGGAGAUCUUGGCCAAUACGCAUGGGUCGCCGGACUAUGUCAAGCUACUAAAUGCCUUGGGCGAGAUUGAACUGUUGCGUGGACGAACGGACAACACGGGUGGAUUGGACCGCGAGAUGGACAUCGAUGGGCGAUACGCGUAUUUCUGGAAAGACGACGUUACUAGGGUGAUUUUCCACGUGGCGACGCUGAUGCCUACUAAUUUGGAACGCGAUCCACAAUGCAGCAACAAGAAGCGGCACAUUGGUAACGAUUUUGUCACGAUCGUGUACAACGACUCGGGCAAGGAUUAUGCCUUCGACACGUUGCCAGGCCAAUUCAACUUUUGCAACAUUGUCAUCACGCCCCACUCGAUCUCGGAUACGGAAAAUAACACGUUCUUUAAGGUUGAGAUGCAACGACGGCCGGAUAUGCCAGAGAUCGGGCCUAUUUCUGAACCAAAGCUCGUAUCGGGUCAAUCGUUACCGCAUUUGGUGCGACAGACGGCCCUGCAUGCCAAUAUCUUUGCUCAGGUGUUCCAAUCCGUCAGUGCGGGCGGUGGUCGUCAUGAAUAUGUGUCUCAUUGGAAAGAACGACUGCGACAGAUUAAACGGAUUCGAGAACGUGUUAGUAGCAAGACACCAUCAGCAGCAGCAACAGCAGCAGGCACGGCAAAUGAACAAGCUCCUCCGUCUUCUCUUUCAUCCGCUGCUACUCCAGCAAUUACUGUCAAUAACAGAGCUCCAUUUGAGCAACUCCUCGAUUUCACAAAAUAC